AUAGCGGCGUUGUGUGUACUAAACGUUUAAAGAACGUCGCACGAUAGGUGUGAAAAGUGUUUUUUUUUCCACACACAACCUGUGAGUAACUGGCCUGCUUUUUUUUUAUUUGCUCGCAUCUCGUUGGACGUGUAAAGCGCUCAGCUGUAGUACGGGUACGUGACGGAAGAUGUUUUGCUAGUGAAGGUUUGCGCCACCGUAUUUUGACGCGAGACACGAACUGUCAUCGCGUUCGGUACGACCAGAACGGCUCCCUUGGCGAGAAUCGACGCAAAAAUAAACUGUUUACGAUGGGGACAGAACUAGCAAUAUCCCACGUCGGUGGUGUCGCGAUUUUCUAAUCGACGUUGGGAUUAAACGAGUCGUGAACGUGUUGUUCGUGAAACGCGAAAUCGCGACUUUCCAUCAAAAUGGGAAAUUGUUUGAAGCGUGCUGGAGGCAGUCAACAAGACAACACCAAUUUGUUGGGUAAUAAUCCCGAUCCUUCGUUGGCUAUUGGUUCUUCGCAGGAAGGCCUCGGACCUCCGAUGCUCACUAACGAGGUGGUUCGCUUUUCUUAUCCAUCAAGUGUACCAAGAAUGCACCAAGGCAUUGGUAUCGGUGUUACAUUAGGACCAACCAGUGGACCUGGUACUCUGAGCGAAGAAGAGCAGCAAGUACUAGUCGCAAAACGUAUAGGACUUAUCCAACACUUGCCUAUGCGGGAAUAUGAUGGAACUAAAAAGGGAGAAUGUGUGAUAUGUAUGAUGGAGUUGGUGAUCGGAGAGGAAGUUCGUUAUUUACCCUGUAUGCACACUUAUCAUGCGCUCUGUAUCGACGAUUGGUUGUUACGUUCGCUGACAUGCCCAUCAUGUAUGGAACCAGUAGAUGCAGCAUUGAUUAGCUCGUACCAUCCAACCACUUAACGUCGCAAAGAUGCAAUUUGGUGUAGCUGACCGGUAAUCAAAGUAUACUACCAUGGUAAACAGAGCAACUGGAAAGAACCGUUAAUUUUACUAUCGCGUAUAAUGGCUUCCAACUAGUAAAGGGGCCUUCUCUUGUUAAUGGCCAAUUAUAUUCGCCAUUUUAUUCGACGUAUUCGCGCACGUGCUGAGUAAUACUAAUCCUUGUAUUAUAAAGAAUUGUAAAUGUCUCCUACAUAGGUCAUUCCCUCUUACAGGGUAAUGUUCUCCAUAUGGAUCAUUGCAAACACAGUAUGGUGUAUUUACGAUCAGAAAGCAAUCGCCAUAGUCGGUUAGUUUCCUGCAAAUUUAAAAUAAUUUUUUUUUCGUACAGCUGAAAGAUGUUCUAUUUUAUGCUCGACUAAGCGGAAUAACUGAAAGAUGUAAUAGUGUGUUGCUAAAGCUAUUUUAAGUUGAAUAAACUAAAUAGUAUCUACUUGACUUCUGUCGUUUGGUCAAGUAGCGAUAGACUAUACGUACACACUGUGAAUAUUGCGAGCAAUAUGACGUACUACAAAAUAUCAUGCUACGUACAUAUAUGUUUAACUGUAAUUGCAAUCAUUUCAUAUUUUCAGAUACUAAAAACAUAUUUUUGGAUUGUAUCUUUCGACAUACAAAGUUAAUCUCGUUAUUUUUAAAUACAAUGUCUCUCAUUUCGACAUAGCGAUAUCGUGAAACGCAGGUGAUCUUUUCCUCGAGAAUUGGGCAUGAUGUGGUUCUGAAAAACUAUAAACCAAAAAUAUUGGCAUUCAGAGUUUGCUAUUAAGUUCUAAGCUAUUCCACGUGAAAAUAAUGGGCUGUUUGUAAUUGUAUUUUUAUGUUACUAUUUACCAGAUAUCGUCUGUAUAUUCUUUUUAUAUAUGUAUACAUAUUGUUAUAUUCUAUUCAUGACAUUGAAAUGUUCACAUUAAUUGCGUUUAACGGGACGUACGCGUAGACAUAGUAAAUAUUAUACGUGUAUCGCGUUGUUAGUGCUUUAAAUGAAAGCAACAGCAACGCAUCGAACGAAGUCACUGAUUUAACUAAUUGGUCAAAGGAACAUUAGUUUAAUGCUUUACAACUGAUUUAUCGUUAUCGAUGCUUAUUUAUCGUAAGAAAAACCAAUCGGUGAAAAACUCUUUAAUUUUAUAGAAAUACUCGAGCAAGUACGUCUAUCUUGAGCUUUUGUGUCGUUACAUCUAACCGUACUCAAUUUUGAUGCAAUUUGAAUUCGAAAAGCACGAGGGAAUGGACGUUUUAGUUUAAGAUCGAUUUAUAAUUCGUUGGAGUUCGAAUACGAGUUUGAAAAAUUGCAUAAUAGAUGAACUAUUUAACUUAGAUUUCGGUAUGAAAUUAGAGCUAAUAAGUGAAAUUUUUGUGAUGAUAAAAACAAUCAGCCUGUGACCAUUAUCAUCGUUGUUUUCUGUACCACAUUACCGAAGAUCAAAAAAAAUUUCGAUCAAUUUCAUAUGAUGAAUACGCAUUCAUAUUCAUCGUAUGAAUUUGGUAUACAUAGAUUCGUAUAUCUACCGAAAUUUUUUAUACGUAUAUACAUUAUACACAAUAUAUGUGUAUAUGAUAAUAUUCAUUUAAAUAAUUCCUAUGGGGGUAAGAAUAUUUUCAUGGUUUACGAAAGCUUCACGUGUAAUGUUGCUGAUUUGUUUAAAGAGGAAAAUGAUGCUGUGACAUAGUGAUUUAUUGACGAAAUGCAAAUAUAGGUAUAGUGAUUUAAUUAAAAUAUAAAUAUUUAGUAAGAA